AUGGUUAUAGGUGCAAGUGCGAAGGGCUUUGGUCUUUCAGCCAAGACAUCAAACACAAAAGUGAUACUUAAUGGUGGUCAAAAGGUUACAUUUGCCAAGCCAGAUGGCUACUUUUCAUUCCACAAUGUGCCAACUGGAACUCAUUUGAUUGAGGUCUCUUCAAUUGGUUACUUCUUUUCCCUAGUCCGAGUAGACAUCAGUGACAGGAAUCCUGGUUAUAUUCAAGCAGCAUUGACUGAAACCAGAAGAGUUCUGAAUGAGCUUGUGUUGGAACCUCUGAAAGAAGAGCAGUACUAUGAGCCUUUUAUACUGGUGGAGGGGGUGGGGGUCGAAGGCUAA